UCCUACCCAAUUUCUGGGAAAUAAUGCACAAGUCGAUUUAACAUCGUUUUUGACUAGAAAUAGAAUCUACGAAAAUGCAGAUAAUAAAAAUUCUGCAAACUCUACCAAACCGAAAAUUACAGAUGAGUUCAACAGCAAUAAAAACAAAAACCUUAGAUACACCAAUCAAAAUUUAGAAAGAGGACUUGGUCAAAAUAAGUUUUACUUAAAUAUAAAUAAAAAUGAUCAACAGAUUCCGUUUGAUACAACAAAACAUGAUCAUUUUGACAUAAAGAAAAAUCAUAUUGGAAAUAUUUUGGAAAUAAACGAAUCAAAUUUGACGACAACAGUAAAAAAAUAUCACAAAUCUACAAAAUGUCUAACAUUGUCUGAUUUUCAAUCGCCACAGCUUGCUAUAACUGAGCUAAAUUUAUUAAAUUUAGAAAAUCAUCAAAGGGAAGAAAAAUUAACGGCUUCGUCGCCAAACAAGUGUACUGCGAGAAAUGGUGCUGUUGCAACGUCAACGACUACAACGGGCUUUAAAUCGGUUCCACAGACAGAGGGAUCAAGUAUUUCUACAACUUUGUCUAAAGCUGCACCAUUCUCAAACGUCUCAACGCCUUUGUUUUCAUCAAUUACAUAUAACUCAGUCCAAAACGAUAAAACUAUGGCCACUGCUGCUGCUGCAUUGGGUUCUGGGUGCACACCAUCCCUAUCAACUCACCUAAUUAGUGGAGUUAAAGUGUCAAAUAUUGGAGUCAUAGAUUGUUCAAUGAAUUCAACAUCUUCUGUUACACUUAAUAAUAGUAGUAUUGCUCUUAACGAUAAAGACAUAAAUAGCACAAAAAUCGAAAAACUUCUGGGUAAUAAAAGUGGUGGCAGCAGCAAUAAUGACGUCGAAUCCUAUCAUUCAACUGGGAGCAGUGGAAACAUUGGCGGAAGGUUGAAAUUUUUCAAAAAUGGUAAAGUCAUAUUGGAAUUGGCUCGAUCUAAAGAAGGAUCAAAGAGUCGAUGGAUAUCUGUUCCGAGAAAAGUAUUUCGCACACCAUCAGCCACAUCUUCUACGGUUACCCCUACUUUGGCCACAUCGAUAGCAUGCAAUAAGAAUGAAAGUUUAGCAUCUCUAAGCUUUUCUGAUGACAACAGUUCCAUACAAUCUUCACCAUGGCAACGAGACCACUGUUGGAAACAACAAUCUCCCCGAAAUGGCAUUUCAAAUGCCAUGUCGUUCUAUUAUCAGCGACCUAAGUACAUUAUUUUGACUAAAGUUGCAUAUGUUAUCGCUCGAAGAAAACGUCGAAGGCCGCACGAUACGAAUGUAUGUCCUGGAAAUUUCAUAUUUGAAAGUAAUAAACAAAUGUUAGAAGAAAACCAGAGUGCCAAAAUAUUAGGGACCCCAACAUUGUUGAAACAAUUUCAUCAACAUGACUUGAGAAAAGUAAAUGUUAAACAAGAUAGUGAUAUUAAAUGCAAAACUCGGAAUAAUGAAUUAAAUUUUGGGUUAAUAAAUGAAGAAGAUGGAUGCUCAAGUUCAUCUACGGCAACGUUGACCGGUUACGAUUGUAUAGACGAUCGAAUGGGAGCUAAAACGCCAACUCCGUCUUCAAAUUCUUCACCACAUUCACCUUGUCAUGAUAAACCAUUUGAAAAUAAAGAUCCUAAAGAGAAGCAAGCGAGUGCCACAAAGGAUAAUACAUUUACUGAUCUGGAACAUACGGAUAAAGUAGAACAUGCUGAUUUGAUAUCAACGAUAGAAGAGAACGAACGCCCAGGGCCCACCCUGAAUGGUAACGAAUCAGAGGUAUCCAACGUCAAUACCCAGUCCGUUAAAGUAUAUUUUAAAGACGAACAUGAUCAACGUAGUGAUGAUAAAAGAUUUAAGAACGCUAAAAUACGACAUAAGUUAAACACAAUUGUCCAAAAGUUGAUUGACAGAAUGCCUUUACGCCUUGCACAACUUUCAAAGCUAAAACAAUCAGUUGGUCCUACAAAUAGUUUUUGCGGGUCUACUAAUCCACCUUCACAAAAGGUUUCACCAUCGAAUGCGUCAACUACAACGCGUCUAGUCGAGUAUCCACAGCAUCAUGUAUCACCACGAAAGCGUAUUCUUCGCGAAUUCGAGAAAGUAUCUUUGGAAGAUAAUUCAAACUUAGCCGGCGGAAAACGAAGUCGUGCGAAAAGUAACGCAUCAUCAUCGUCAACGUCUCCACAUCAUAGUAUAAAAUCGCCCAAUAGUCGUAAUAAUAUCAAUGCAAGUAGUAACAUAAACCAAUCAGUUUCUUGUGGCAACAGCUCAAUUCGGUCAUCUUCGACUACGUAUUCCAAAUCAGAGACAACGGAAUCAAUCAACACAACGGCACCUACACGUCUGUACAGUUCAUAUAGCAUUCAUUCACUACUUGGAGGUAAUGUUUGUAGUAGCACAAUACCGUCUGGUCCUAAUAAAAUAACUAACGAAACCUUGGGCAUCAGUAGUAAGGGCUAUCAUACCCAGCAUCAACAUAUCUCGCUUCAAACGAAUUAUAGUGAUCCAUCAUAUUUGCGUGCAAUGCUUGCUUCGCCCAAUUCGCCAGAACAAUGUAAUAUGGGUUGCGGAGGCAAAUCACCCUCGACUUCGGCUUCAAAAAAGCGUUCACCACCCUACGUUUCACCUUCACACGAUAUUCAUAUUAAUGUUGAUGUCGGCACGUUAAAUAAUAAAACACGUUGCCCCUCCGAACAAACUAAUAGUGUAGAUACCACAUCUACAAUACUUUCAGGAAGUCAUUCUCAUUUGCCUUCACAAAAUAAGGGUUUCUACGUGCCGUACAUACCAUUAUCAAAAUAUGUACCUCAGACAAGCACCUCAGUGUCCACAGAAUCAACUUCAUCAAUAUCGCCUAGUUCUUCCGGCACUCUCGAUGCAAGAUCACCUCGACACCUCUCAGCUUUUAGUAGGACAUCUUCACCAGCUUCUAUAUCUUCAGGAAUUUUAGCUAAUCAAUCAACUUCUUCUAUUGGUAAUAGUCGAGAAAAUUCGCCACCAACAUCGCGGGCAACUUCCGAUUCACCGCGUGACAAUAUACCCAGAACUGUACCAAAAAAGACUGCUUCAAUCCGUAGACAAUUCGCUUCGCCCAAUGUCGUAGCGUUAAGUAUUGGUAGCUCCUCGUCAGGAGAGCGCCACUCUGAAGACAUCUAUUCAAUACAGGACCAUCAAACUCCUGUGUCUCUAGUGAAUACUUGCAGUAGUGGGAACCAUCAGUUACUGCGUGGAUCGCCAAAUAACACAGUUCCUUCACCCCUGCAUCCCUAUUAUAUGUAUUCGCCAGUGGCAUCUAAUGACAAUUCAAAUCAAGUUCCACGUAGUUCACCUGUAUCAACAAGUACAUUUUCCGUUGGGCCUGGAGGAACAAACAAUUCUGCUGCUCCGGCAGUUGCAGCAGCGUCGUAUAUUCCAUCGGUGUUGCCGACUGCUUAUAUGAAUCCAUAUUUCGCGUUGGCUGCUUUGAGACAACCACAACUAUGGACACAUUACGGUGGCCUAUCCUUACCUUUGCAUCUGUCAUCAGUUGCGGCAUCAGCUUCACUGCGACUUUCUCCCCCAGCGUUUCAUACUUUUGCUUACAGUGGAGUUAACGCGGCUAUGGCGGCAGUAGUGCAACAACAACAGCAACAGCAACAAGUAUUGGCUUCUUCAGCGUUAAUGCAUGUACAUAACCAAACCAGCGCAUCAGCGGUACCUAACAAUCAUCAAGCUAUAAAUGCCUGUGGUAUCAGACAAGUUUCAGCGGGAACAAUGACUGAGCGAACAACUGAGUUAGACGCUAGCUUUAUAGCGAAUAAUACAACAGGUAUUGAAUUGGUUACAGAAGAAGUGUCAAUCAGCAAAAAAGAACAUAGUACAGACGUGCCGCUGAACCUUUCUAAACAUUGAGCGCACUAUCCAUUAAAUAGCUAAUUUUAGUAGAUGAUACAUUUAAGGGACUAUACCAGAGCUAUAUAAAGAGCGACCGCUCGUAAGCAUAACCCACCAUAGUCGAAACUUUAAACGCGUUUUUCUCGAAACGACAUUUCUCAAAACUGCUGACAUUAUAACUCAACGAGAAAUUGACCGAUCGACUUCAAUUUUAAACUGAGUAUUCUUGAAUAUAUUUACUAUACAAUGACCUACCAUCUUUUUCAUUUGUUGAAAAUUGUCAAUUUGGCAUUUAAAAAACAACAAUUUUUUUUACCUAAAAAACGAAAUUUUUUUUUUCAGAACUACGCCAUUUUGUUAAAUUUUGAAAUUUUUUCAAAAAUCGUAGGACAUUGUAUAGGCAAUAUCUUCAACUUUAAUACCUGUUUUGAAUUUUUUUGUUUCAGCUACUCAUUCAUCCGGACUCAUGUCAGCAGUUGGGGAACUUUUUGUUUGGUACCGUUAUUUUUCAACAUUUUUGUAAAAAAAAUCUUAAAAUAUACCUUUAUAUCCAAAAAAGUUGAAAUAUUCGUUUUCAUGGGUUACACUGGUAUAGCCCCUUAAUGCACAUGAAUAUCAUUUUUAUAGGACGAACGAUCACAUUAAUUCAAAGCAUUUCAAUUGACGUAAAACAUUUCCAUUAUGGUGAUAGUGAAUUCAUAGUUUAUCCGUAUUAUUGUUAUUUGUUCUUGUAGAUAUGUGACUUCCUUCUAAUUGUGCAUUUUUUGAAUCACAUAUAUCUUGCAAUCAAAAAAUUAUAAACUACUUUCGAACUUAGUAACCACAAGUCAUCAGACGUAGUCUAUUUUCCAUACUGUUUAACGUAGGAAAUUAAAGUGUUUUGACUUAGGGAAUAUAAACACUGUUAAAAACUCUAGAAUUUCUAGGGUAAGCUGUAUGUAUUGAAUUCUUGCUUUGCAUGUCUGCAAAUGCAGUCGUUUUAUGAUUUCUUACAUAGGCAAAUUAUGUGGAAGUUAUUUACCUACCAUAAAACACUAUGUCUCUACUAUGCCUGCAACAAUAAUACUUAAUCGUAUUUUUACGCCAAGUUAGUUACACCAGUGAGAAGAGAAGAAUAGACAAAAAUAUAGUUCCGUUCCCACGAACGUACCCGGAACGGAACUGAUUUUUAUCCGGCCAAGGUACAUUUCAGGAAUUCAGGUACAACAAUAAUAACAACAAGUAGGGAAGGGCUUGCAUGGCUGGAAUGUGUAUAAUCAUUUUCAAGUAUUUAUUAAACUUUAGGAUAACACACUAUUUGACCUAUAUAUUGGGCAUAAAUCGCACUAGAAUAACGAAAGUCAUUAAUAUAGUAUAUUAGAGACCAUAUGAACCUAUUUAAACUAUUUUUUGCUUCCGAGCUACAUUAUAUCAAUGAUUAUACGUUCAUUAAAUCAGUAUUUCAGCUAUAAGGGGGCUAGAGGAAGUGUUGACACAAUUUUGCUCAUUUUUGGCACGAAGGCACACAUUACAAGGAAAACAUCUCCUCUGAUCUGAGAGAUUUACCUACAUAUAUUUUCAGUAACAAAUUAUCCAUAGGCACUGAUGGUAUCCGGGGCUUGAAAAAUUAUAGUCUGAGGGAUGCCACACUAUAAAUUUGUCCCGAUAUCUUCACUGGUGCUGAAUCAUACUACUAUUAUAAAGAUUUGUAUGUAUGAUUGUAAUGAAUAUACUCAAAAAUACUGCGCCGAUUUCAAAAAUUCUUUCAUCAUUGGAAAUCUACAUUCAUCCCUAGUAACAUAGGCUAUAUUUAUUGCUAGAAUCUCAACUUUCUGGAAAUAAUUCCAAGGUUAGGGUAUCAAAAAAACUCCGUGUUGGAAAAUCUUAAACUGAAACUGAAUCGUCUUGCAAGUCAUUCUCUUCGCAUCGCAAUCGCGUGCCAGAGAGUCGAGUAAGGAGUGCUCGCGGUGAUUGCUGAACAAAAUUUCAAAACCUAUGUAUGGGAGAGUGGUAAAAACUUAUAACUUUUGAAGUGUUUGUUUAAGCCCGUGCGAAGCUGGAGUGGUCUGCUAGUUGAUCUAUAUAUAAAAAAAAUAAAUGUUUGUUCAUAUACAUUCAUAUACGUCAUAUACGUUCUUCGACACGAGACUGAUAUAAAAAAAAAUAAUGUGCAACAUUAUUGAACCCACUAUUUUGAGUGGAAAAUUUGAAGGUGAAGUUGUUAAUUCUACCACGAACGCAUACAUUCAAUGGAAUGUUAAUAAAAGAAAUACCUGUUGUAAAAUAUCCGUUUUACUUUUUAAUUACUCACGCAUCGACUGGUCGAAUUAUGACAAGUGUUUUGAAAAAAUAUGAAUUAAGACGUUAAAGAACAACGUCGUUGGGGUCUGCUAGUAUAUUAUAAAGUGAACUUAUCGGUGGAAUUAAAAUAUGUGGUAUUCGGGAUGUGAUAUUAACUUUUGACCCAUAAGUGGGCGGUACCCCGCCCAUUGCCCAUUUUUAUACAAUCUGCAUACAGUUCUUCCGUGCCAUUUUUUUUAAGUGGUGCUUCUACACAGCUGGCUGAUGUCCUCGUAAGAGUAAAAGUUGACAUCACCGCCGUCCAAGAAGUGUUAUAACCGGGACAUGGACUUAGUCGAGUAGGUCUUUGUGGCAUUUACCACAGUAGCCACAUAAAAGCGCGCAAAUUCGGUGUGGGAUUCGUGGUGGGAAAGAGACUCAGUCGUUGAGUCCUGGUAUUCACUCCGGUGGAUUAACGUCUAGCCACAAUCCGCAUCAAAGCGGAGUUCUUCAACAUAUUGCUUAUUUGCGCAAACGCCCGACGGAAGAGAAGGACGAUGUGACCAAAGAUAGGUUGACUUCCUAAACGUCCAGAUACAAAAUUUGUAUGCAGUAUGAAUACGCAGUCGAUAUUUUCCAACGUUACUAGUUCUAAACUUUGUAACACUGUUGCGUUUAGGAACAGCAAUAUAUUUUGUUAGAAAAAAUUGCAAUUUAAUUGAAGUGAAAAAAUCAAAUUCAUUGUAAAUAACAAGAAUACUUUUACGAACGCGUAAAGGACUGGCUACAUUAUUUGUGCAAUUGCAUCAACAAAUUUAGCGAUGCGUUGAUUGCUUUUUUUGCCCAUUUAUUGCGUAGCGUUGCCAUUAGGAAUAUGAUACAUUAUCAAAUUUUUUUCAAUUGCGUUUCACAGCCGAAAUAUUUUCUACUUAACUUGCACUCCUGCUCUCUGAGAGCAAGUAUAAGGAACUGUGGGAAGGCAUAUCAAUUUUCUUUCGUACAGCUCAAAUUGAAACUAUUGGAUUAUAAAAAUGACAAAAGAACAGCUACGAGUGGGAUGAGAUAGAUAUCGAGUGUUGAAGAGGGAAGUGAGACGCAUGUGCAGACACAAAAAGAAAGAGGACGUAAUUCGUGAGUAUGAAGAGCUUAACAAGCUAUUCAAAUACGGCGGCGAAGAACUGAUAGGUGUAAGCGUCAGCUCCUUUGCAGGACAAAAGCAUGCGCGACGUUUGGAACCUAAGUUUCCUAUUGAGGAUCGUAAAUAAGGUUCUAUCGAGCAGUAUGUAUGUAUGAAAGACUAAAUCUCACCUCCAACAAACUGAUGGGAACUUAUCAGUUCGGCUUAUUAGGUAAGAUGUAUAUUAUUCAUGAUAUAAAAUAGAUGUUAUUAGUUUCAAAUAUUUUUAAAAUUAUUCGGCCCUAUUCCCGUUGUCGUUGUAGUUUUAAUAGUCGUUUCGAAGUCGUCGUCGUUCUUAUCGUCGUUUCGUUCCUAAAUUGGUAUUCUUGAAGUAUAUCGUAACGCCUAAGAAAAGUUAUCGAAAUUUGUCUACAUAUUUUAUAAAGUAUACUUUAAGGCGUUCUUUUCCCAUAUAAAAUUUUCUUUUUUAUGUAACGAGACACAUUUUUAAAGCAGUCCUUAAUGGAUUUUAUGCUAUUCUGUAUUGACUUUAAACAACGUUAUCACUAUAAUUAUUGUACUCAUGCUCCUUGCUUCUGGCUAAUCCGACUACUCUACCGAGUGAUCCAGCCAAAGGAGAUAUGGGUAUAUGUUUAUUAACUCCUCGUAUUGUUGGAGUACAAUUUUUUUUGAAUUUUAAGACCUUUCAUAUCUUAAAUAUACUCUUAGAUAUAAACAUGCAAUUUUAUUAAUGCCAACAAUUUCCGACGCGAGAUAGCGGUGGAAUGGAUUUGGUUUUUUUUAGAAAAAAAAUAUCCCUACCAAAAAAUCGAAAUUUAAAGGAUUUAUUUCUUUUCUAAAGUCCUUGGCAUUUGCAGGAUAUUUUUCCAUUUCAGAAAUUAAAUUUUCAAACUGUUUCCGAUUUGGAAUUUUCAUCUUUCACUUUAAAUAUUCCUUCAAACAACCGCGUCGUUUCUAUGUCCUUCACAAUUAUAGCAACGACAAAAAACGUGGUUGAAUCUUUUUACCCCUAGAGGCAUCAUAUUUGAAUUAAAUUUCAUCGCGGUCAUAAUUUUUUCCAUGCUGGAUAAGGCAUCAUAUUCGAAUUAAAUUUCAUUCCGAAAAUCACUUUUUUCCAUGCUGGAUAAAACCAUUUAUAUAUAACUCAGUUAUUGCCUGCACAGAUUUGAUUAAAAAUGUCAAUUAAUAAUACUUACUUUCUAUGAUUUUUAUUUAAUGUAAAAAGAACUGUUAGCAUCAUAAAUUAUGCUAAAUAAAAUGUAGUGUAAUCACAACUUAAACUUAAAUUAUAUGUUAUAAUUUUUUUCAAUCGAAGUGUUGAUAUUACUAUCCAGUACAAAAUAUUUAAUUCGUGCAUUAACAAAAUUCAGUAGUCAUUUUUUAUUUUUUUAAUUGUACCUUUAUGAAAAUCACAUAAAUUUUUAGGACUUUUUCUGGCAUAAUCUACUAAAAGAAAACAUAUUUAUGUACAUAAACACAGUCACUCACAAUUAUUGAAAGGAGUCUUAUAAAAAUAUAUUGCUGCUUCUUAAAAUGAAGAGAUAAAUUAGCAACAUAUUUAUUUUCUCUUUUGCCGAAUAUAAAUAGAAAAAUAAAGGACGUGAUUUCCAAAAUACAGAUGUAAUAAGCUAAAAAGAAAAGGACAUAGAAUCAAUUCUGUUUAAACAGAUACUUUCCAACUAUUGUGUACGAAUUUAACUCUACCAUAUUAACUGACAAACAUAAGAAUCAAUAAUUGGAGCUCAGCUGACUGGAACAAUCAUAUGGACCCAUCGGACUAAAUCAUUUGGGGUCUGGGCAAACUGUGAAGGGAAAUUGCAAUCACACAAUGUUAGACUUACAUUGUACCAAAAGUGAUGUGAUGUUAAGAAUUUUACAUUAACAUAUUAAAAGGCAUUAUGAAUGUACACGAAAAAUAAGGCUUACAUGUAUCUGAUUCCAACACAAAUUGAUUAUCAACUGAUCGUCCAGACAUCAACUUUAUAGAUCACUCAUGGUAUAAAUAAAUACAAAUAUAAUUAAGAAGAUUGUUUGGAUUAGUUUACUACAUAUACAAAAAUAAUGAGAAAACCUAGUAAACAGUAUGGUUAUUAGGAUAAAAGCUAGUAAUCAACGUAGUGAGUGACCGCAGAUUAUAGCGCUGAACGAAAUAUAUCUAUAAAUAUUAUUAUUAAAUUGUUUUAAUGCCAACUUACAAUUACAGAUCUAUUGGUUUUAACUCAAAUUCAAAAUGCUGAUUUAUGCGUUAAUACUUCAAAUGCAUUUGUCUACUGUUUAUUAUUUUUUGAAAAAUUAUGCGAAGCCCAAUUCAAAGAAGUCUUCCAAGAGUUGACUAAAGCUUCGCUGAACUUUGAACGGAAGUGCUCGCGGGCUUUCUCCUCGGUAUAGUCAAGAACCUAAAACGAAAAAAUGUUACAACAAAGGUGAAGGAAAAUGGGAAAUAUUUAAAUACCAGAGUUUCCUUUAAGUAAUUCAGAUCUUUUUCAGAGGAUAGUUCUGGCAGUCCGGUUGAUAUCAUCAUUGAAAAUAAAGAUAGUAUGAGACAGCCAUGUUUUCGUAACACUAAAAAUGCCUGCGAUAGAGAGGGCAACAAAAUUCAAAAUAUAUUUGUAUGAAUAAUAUUGCAUAAUUUUAUGUUUUCCUACCUUUUCGCACAUAUUUUGAAAAUAAAGAAAUUCUUCGGAAUCUCGGUCGUUACGUCCUUUACUUAUAACAUAUACAAAAUCAUGUGUUAGUACAAAAGGAACUCGCUCACGACGCACACCAAAUUUCUCCUUGAAAUGGCCUAGUAUGUGACCGAAAUCAAUAUGAAAAAGCUAUAGGGUAAAGAGUUCUUAAUUUCAAAAAUUCUAAAUUAAGAUUAAUUCUGAUAUUUAUUUACCUGUCCGUUACGUUUGACCAUUAUGUUAUCUGAAUGUCGGUCAGCCACGCCUAGAACAUAGGUGGCCACACAAUACCCAGCACAACUUAAUGUAAAUUCGUUUAUUGCUUUAUUCAUUUCAUCUUCAGUACGAUUAUAUUCCUUCAACCAA